AUGCGUGCAAUCAAUCCCACCGCCGGAGCCAUCGCCCUAAAUUUAGACCUCAACUCAGUAUCAUUGGAGCCACCAUUGGAGCCAUCAGAAACACAGCCAAACUUACUGAAAAACCCAUGGAUCUUCAUUUACUCUACCUAUAUUGCCUCACUUUUGUCUACACCUCUUCGUGUCAGCUACCACAACACUGCCAUCAAAAUCAAACGAUUUGUUCCCAAUGAAAUCGAUGGAGGAAGAUCCCAAGCAGAGAACGUGAGGGUGAUGGGUAAGGGAGGCUAUUUUGAUUUUUCUAAUAGGAGCAACUUAUCGUAUUUUCCGGCGAGUUUCAACGUGACACAGUUUGUGAACUCUAGGAAGAAGGAUUCGGAGAAAGGAGAACCAAUCUGGGGUCGGAAAAUCAAGAACAUUUCUAUUUCAAUUCCAACAAUGGUGGUAGGAAUGAGUUUACUCGAAUCAGGGUUUUGGGCUGGCUUUUGUGUAAUAUGCUUUAUUUCUAUCCUUAAUCUUCUACGUACUCCAUCCGUCGUCAACCUCGACGACAGCAACAGCUAUUGGAGACCUCACCAGUUCUUCGCCAAGAACCCAAUUUACAACACCCAGUCAGAGUUAGCCGGAGCUAUAUAUGCUUAUCUUACGCCAGAUUGUUAUGACCCGUUGGAUCCAAACGGUAACAUUACAGUAACAUUCGACAUAAUUCAAUGGACACACGAUGGCUAUGUGGCAAGGGUAAGUAUCCAAAACUACUAUCAAUAUCGGCAUGUAGACAACCCUGGUUGGAAAUUAGGGUUCACAUGGGUCAACAACGAGAUCAUCUGGUCAAUAUCCGGUGCUAUUGCAACACAUAGAGGCAACUGCUCUGUUUUCAAAGAAGACCAAGUACCACAUUGCUGCAUGCCUACACCGGAGAUAGUUGAUCUGAUGUCCGGUACUCAGCCGCCAAACUCGCCGGAAAACUGUUGUCGCGGUGGUGUUCUUGCCGCCUCGGCUAUCAACCCUCAACAAUCAUCUUCUUCAUUUGACAUGGUUGUUGGUAACUUACAAGGAAAUUCUUCAUUACAGAUGCCUCGGAUGCCUGUAAAUCUUACUUUACAGGCACCUGGACCAGGGUACACUUGUAGCCCUACCGAAGAAACUCCUCCAUCUGUUGCUCUUGUAGUUGGUGGAAGAAGAGAAGAAGAAGUUUUUAAAACAUGGAAAUCAACAUGCACGUAUUCAAGCUAUCUGGCUAACAAAACGCCAGUAUGUUGCGUUUCACUCUCAACAUUUUAUAGUCCGCAAAUCACGACAUGCUCUCAAUGUAGUUGCGGGUGUAGACCAGCAGACAAGACAACAUCAUCAUGCAUUAGUGGUUCUAGUAAUUCACUUGAGACAGAAUUCGUUAGUAAUUCAGACACGUUGAGGUGUACGGAUCAUAUGUGUCCUCUACGCGUCCACUGGCAUAUAAAAACCAACUACAUGGAUCAUUGGAGGGUGAAACUCACAGUUACGAAUCUAAAUUAUAAUAGAAAUUAUACUAAUUGGAAUCUCGUGGUUCAUCAUCCUGGUUUUUCUCAGUCUACAACAACGUAUAGUUUUAACAAUACUUUACUCCAUACGCCUGGGAUCCCAGAUGAUGUGGCCUUGUUUUGGGGUCUAGAUUACUACAACACGAAUCUUUUAAAUGCUGACAAGGAUCAGGUGGGGUCCGUUUCCACUGAGAUACUUUUGGCCAAGGACCAUAAAACAUUCACAUUGCACAACGGUUGGGCAUUGCCAAGAACUGUCUACUUUGCGGGUGAAAAUUGUGUCAUGCCAUCUCCCGACACUUUCCCUAUGCUUCCAAGUGGUACUUCUACAUGUAGGCCUUUCGGUAGCUUAAUUAUCCUCUUAUUAGUAUACCUUAACUUUAAACUACUAAAACUGUAA